AUGAACGAUUUACAAGUUGUCCAACACACUGUCCUAUGUUUGCAACAUACCAUGUUCUUCGUAAAGUUGUAACGAAAAUAUGCCAGGGUUACUUUGCGUAGUGCUCCUUGCGCUGGCUGUCAGCGCUCAAGCGUUGACACCGUCUCAUCACCUCACGGCAUCCGAUGUGGCGAGACUGGAAGCCCGUUUGGGCCAGCCCUUCACGGACCUGCAGUCUGCAUACUUCUCCAUCAUGGGCCUCAGCAAGCUGGGAGUUACUGUUGCAGAUUCAGAUGAGGCAUGUCAAUUCCUGAAGUCAAAUUUGGAUCCAACAAAUAUUGAGUCUCUAUUCUAUGCUGCUGAGGCCAGCCAAGCACUGUCAGGAUGUGAGAUCCCAGUGUCAAACGAGACGCGCGACCUCCUCCUGGCGGCGGUGAGCGAAGACUCCACUGUCUCCCAGAUCCAGCAGGCCGUGGGGGCCUUGAGCGCCCUGGGUCUCCCUCUGGCCUCCCAGGAGGUGGUCAGCGCCCUCUCCGCACACAUCAGGAAGGAAGAAGGCGUCCUCUCCAUCAUCAAUGCCCUCCAGACUGCUGCUCGCCUGUCCCAGCAGGCAGAGCUUGGCCCCAUCCUGGAGGAGAUCGAGGACUUGGCUGCGCAUCUGGAUGACCUGGGUGGGCUGUUCCUGCAAUUUGAGGAGGGUCUGGAGGCCACUGCUCUGUUCGUCAGCUCAGCCUACGCCCUGUCUGACCACAUGGAUAUGGAGCCCCCACUCAAAGAGGACCAAGUCAUCCAGCUGGUGAACUCUAUCUUCAGCAAGAAGUCCUGGGACUCUCUGUCGGAGGCCUUCAGUGUGGCCUCUGCAGCCGCUGCCCUCUCCAACAACCGCUUCCACGUGCCCGUGAUCGUCACCCCCCAGGGGCCUGCCACCGUGUCCCACAGCCAGCCAACCCUGAAGCUCCUGGUGACUGACGUGCUGUGCCAGCCCCUGGCAUCUGCCAACGUGCUGGUGGAGACCGCCAGCUCUGUGGCCUCCAAGAGCGUAAUUCUGAACAAGGCCCCCUUCGCACUGCAAGAUGGCGUCUUUGAGCUGAAUUUCAUGGACAGUCAGCCGGCCAGCGGUUACUACCAGUUCGCUGUGGCUGUGACUGGAGACAGCAGGCUGAUUGCAAACCACGUGGAGCUGAAAGUGAAGGUGUCUACGGAGGUUGCCAUCACUAACAUGGACCUGUCUGUGGUGGACAAGGACCAGAGCAUCGGCACCAAGACCACUAGGGUGGACUAUCCCAGCAAGGCUAAGAACUCCUUCAUCGCCGACAGCCACCAGAACUUUGCCAUGUCCUUCCAGCUGGUGGAUGUGAACACUGGGGUUGAGCUCACCCCUCAUCAGGUCUUUGUGAGGCUGCACAACCAGAAGACAGGCCAGGAGGUGGUGUUUGUGGCCGAGCCCGACACCAAGAACGUCUACAAGUUUGAGCUGGACACGGCCGAGAGGAAGUCUGAGUUCGACUCCAUGUCAGGCACCUAUGCCCUGUACCUGAUGGUGGGAGACGCCACCCUGCAGAACCCUAUCCUCUGGAACCUGGCGGAUGUUGUGCUGAGGUUCCUGGAGGAAGAGGCCCCUGUUGCCGUCCAGCCCAAAACCCUCUACAUCCCCAAGCCAGAGAUCCAGCACUUGUUCCGUGAGCCAGAGAAGAGGCCCCCCACGGUGGUGUCCAACACCUUCACAGCCCUCGUGCUCUCUCCAUUCCUCUUACUGCUCAUCCUGUGGUUUAAACUGGGAGCUAACGUUGCCAACCUCAGCCUCUCUCCCAGCACAAUACUUUUCCAUCUGGGCCAUGCAGCCAUGCUUGGCCUGAUGUAUGUGUACUGGACACACCUCAACAUGUUCCAGACCCUUAAGUACCUGGCCAUUAUUGGCAGUCUCACAUUCCUCGCAGGAAACCGUAUGCUGGCCCAGAAAGCAGUUAAAAGAGUUGAAAGCAAAUUAUAAGAGGACCCUUCUACAGAAGACAAGAAUCCUUGAAUUUAUUGGCAGUUUCUAUUUAAAUGACAUUCAAACAAUACCGUGUUUGGCAGCCAAUCAUAGGCCGAAUCAAGACGUGACGCAUAUUUGUGAGGCACCAGUGUCCAACUUUGGUUGAGUUUUCAAAUGAUUUGAACCAGGCCUUUUCAAUUUGGUUUCCUUCUUUAAAAAAAAAAAAAUGCCGUCAGAAAUAUUCCCAUUUUUAGCAACUGAAUGCACUGUACACUGAGAGAAGUUUCUUGACUAAAACGUGUGUGUAUACAAAUGUGGUUUGGCCAUAUCGUUUUCCACUAAAGCCUGUAAAAUAAUGUCAGUGGAUGAAUACAUUGUUGAUUUGUUGUUUUCUUUGUUUGUUUGUUUUUUUAUUUUUCACUAAAAAAGGAUAUUUGAACAGGUGUCAAUUCAUCUUGAAUGUUAGGGAAGAGGCGCUGUUGUCCGUAAUGAGUGAGAUGUGUGUGUUUAUGUCUGAGAGUGUUCAUGUCACAAUCUACUGAAUCAGUGGAUGAGUGUCUGCCUGCAUUUUUAGGUCUAUUUCUGAAAAACAAGGCCUUUUCAGAUGUAUGUUCAAUGUGUCCGUUACAAACAGGCCAAGGAAUCUGCUCUCUCGUAAAAUGAUAAAAGUUCUGUCCACACAACUCCACAACAUGCAACAGGUAGAAUGGCAGACAAUGUUUUGUAAUUAAAAAAUAAAA